UUUGUAAUUUUGUCAUAUUUGUGGAGGGUGUUGGUUGUGGAAAUCUUUGCUGUUGAGGAAGAAGCAAUCAGAUAUGCGGUCAGAAUGUUAAGACCUGCUCAUAGUGUUCUUGGUUUUUUCCUUUGGCUCCUGAAUGAUGCCGUACUGAUGCGUGGCUGGAGGUAUUUUUAAUAUUCCAGCUUUAACAUAUGGAAUGUGAAAGAGAUGUACGUAGUUCCAGUACAUGAAAACAAUGAGGAAUAAGGCUGAAUAUUCAAACUCUGUUUCUCAGCCGGAACAUCCAUUCUUCCAGGUGACAUGCAGCCAUAACCAACAGACUACAACAUUUAAGCAUCCUGUGACUGGCCAGUUUUCUGCUGAAAACAUUGAAUUUAUUUUACAAGAGGAGCAUAAUUUGAAAAUGUCCAAGCAUCAGAUAAACCAAAGACCCUCAAGCAUGGCCAGUGAAACAUCCACUGCAGUAACUGCAUCCACAGUAGAUACAAAGCCCAACUAUAAGGUGGUAAAAUCUGGCAAUAAAAUUCAUAGUUUUGGGAAAAGGGAUCAUGCUAUAAGGAGGAACCCUAAUGUCCCUGUUGUGGUGAGAGGCUGGCUUCAUAAGCAGGAUAGCUCUGGAAUGAGGCUAUGGAAAAGACGAUGGUUUGUGCUUGCUGAUUAUUGCUUGUUUUACUACAAAGACAGCAGAGAAGAGUCUGUUCUUGGAAGUAUACCAUUGCCUAGCUAUGUAAUAUCAGCAGUUGGACCUGAAGAUCAUAUAAAUCGCAAGUACUCUUUUAAGGCUGUCCAUACGGGCAUGAGGGCAUAUAUCUAUAAUAAAAGUUCUGUUAUUGGCUCUCAGGCAGAACAUUCAGGGAUGCGCACAUACUACUUCAGUGCAGAUACACAGGAAGAUAUGAAUAGCUGGAUCCGAGUUAUGAAUCAAGCUGCCCUUAUGCAAACCUAUUCAUCACCAAAGAGAGAAACAGAAAAAAUAGAUCAGCAAGCUGUUCCUCAAGCCAAUCAUGUGGAUAUCUACAAAGAAUGUACAAAGUUAAACCCUGCUGAUGCACAAGGAAGUUACAGAAAAUCACUUGAAAGCUCUGUAUAUGAAAAGCGUGAAGAGAUGAGGAGAGUAAGAGAAAAUGACCGUUACACUGUCAGAAAGGACACUACAGAAUCCAAGAGGAAGAAGCCUAAACACCCACUGAUACCAGAGGGUGGCACUCUGAAUCCUGAAGUAACAGUUUCUCGGUCCCAAGUUGCUCCACUUGUUGAGAAGAAUGGAUUGCUUUCCAAUUCAUUAAAUACAACUACUGGACCAGUGGAACAGAAUGGUACUGGGUUGUAUAAACGAGGAUUUGUACCCAGGCCGACUCAAGAGAAACAGAAACAAAGGAAGCACAACAUGUCUCAUAUAGAACACUGGGUAAAAAUACAAAAAGGAGACACAAAAAGUCUUGCAUCUGAUCAGAUUCGCCAAGUUCCCAGUCAUUCUGUUUCUUUUCCUGAAAAUUAUCACACCUUGCCAAAGAAUACCAGGCAGCCUUCAGGAAACUCACCUCCCCCAAAUCGCAAUUUGCCAAGUGAUUACAAGUAUGCCCAAGACCGAGUUAGCCAUCUGAAGAUGUCUCAUGAUGAGAGAAGAGCUAAUAAAGAUGGUACUGUAUGGCAACUAUAUGAGUGGCAACAAAGGCAACAGUUUAAACAUGGCAGUCCAACUGCCCCUGUUUAUUUAGGUUCUCCAGACUUUACAGAUCAUGGUAAAGGAAGAAGUUCACUAGAUAUUCCACGUUCCGUUUCUGUUCCUCCAUCUCCUUCUGAUAUACCUCCACCAGGACCCCCUAAAACCUUUCUACUCAGGAGGCCACACACUCCUGCAGAAAGGGUUACUGUGAAACCAUCUGAUGAGAGACAAAUGAUUGACAUUCCUUUUGUAGGAUCACCAAGGAAGAUCCGAAAUCAUACUAUAAAAAAUUCAUCACACAUAGACAGACGAUCUAUGCCUACGAUGGGAUAUAUGACCCACACUGUAAGUGCUCCAAGUUUGCAUGGGAAAUCGCCUGAAGAGCUAACAUUGCUUCUCAUUCGAUUAAGGAGACAUCAGGCUAAGUUGGCUAGUAUACGAAAUUACACAAUCGCCCAAUUACUGCAGCACUUGCCAACUAAUUCCACCUAUCAGGCUGAUGAUACCUACAUCCAGCUGAAGAAAGACCUAGAAUAUCUAGAUCUAAAGAUAAAAAAUAAUGGACCUCUGAUCAACUUGGUUUACAAAGUGCUUAAGAGUUCAGCACAAGGGUUACUUUCCAGUAUAAAUGUAACUGGACGUGAUAUAAUAAAAGAAAGAAAUACAAAACCUAUCAAGAUUGCAGAAAGUGAUAUUGAUGUGAAGUUAAGUGUUCUCUGUGAGCAAGACAGGAUGCUACAAGACUUAGAAGACAAAAUAAGAGCUCUUAAGGAAAAUAAAGAUCAGUUAGAAUCCGUCUUAGAAGUGUUACACAGGCAGAUGGAACAGUACAAAGAACAACCACAACACACAGAGAAAAUUUCAUACCAGCAAAGACUUUUGCAGGAGGAUCUUAUACAUAUUCGGGCUGAAAUAUCCAAAGUCUCUACAGAAAUGGAAAAUGCAUGGAAUGAAUAUCUGAAACUAGAAAAAGAUGUAAACCAGCUGAAGCAAGCCUUACAGGAACAGAUGAACAGAUCAUUUUUCUCUCAGGAGAGAACACAAAUCCAGAAAGAUUUAUGGAGAAUUGAAGAUGUUACAGCUGGCCUAAGUGCAAAUAAAUCCAACUAUAAAAUUAUCAUAGAGUCGAUAAAAAAUCCAGAGAGAAAAACAGUGCCUUCAUUUUCUAAGCCUUCAGUGCCUUCACUAGCACCUACACUCACAUCAGCAAACAAUAAUCUUUCAACUCAGCGAAGUCCACCAUCUAGUCCUGUCAAAUCCUCUCUGGAAGUUAGACUCUUUCCGCAGCCUUACUCACAGCCUAGAAUGUUUUCUCCAUCUCAGCAACUGAAAAAAGUUGAGCCUUCAGUCCAGUCAUCUGUAAAAUUGAAGCCAAAGGUUGAGGAUGAAGCACCACCACGGCCGCCUCUCCCACAGCUGUAUAGUCCUGAUGACCCCCCUCCAGCCAUCCCCCCUCUUCCCAGGGAAGCCACUGUAAUCAGGCACACAUCAGUGCGGGGACUGAAACGUCAGUCAGAUGAAAGGAAGCGAGACCGAGAACUGGGACAGUAUGUGAAUGGAGAUUAUAGAGUAGAACUCCGCUCAUAUGUCAGUGAACCUGAAUUGGCGACAAUAGGCAAUGAUCUGAGCCAGCCUUCCACUGGUUUUCUAGGUACUGAAUGUAGAUACCAAACAUUGCCUAUCAGGGGAUUAUCUGGCUCAACUUCCAGACUGCAUCAGUCAACAACUUCAUCUUAUGCAACACUUCGAAGAGAUGGUUCCAAGGAAAGACCAAAGAGUGCCUUGGAACGUUUAUACUCUGGUGACCACCAAAGAGGCAAAAUGAGUGCUGAGGAACAACUAGAAAGAAUGAAGCGACACCAGAAGGCAUUAGUUCGUGAACGCAAAAGAACUCUUAGUCAAGGAGAAAGACAGUCUGUCUCACCACGACCAUUCAUCCGGCCUGUUUCUGCAGACAUAGGCUCAUGGAAGCGGGAGCAAGAAUUUGACUUGCAACUACUGGAAAGGGCAGUACACCCAGAAGAAAAAGAGGAAAAUAACUGGUUAAAAGUUGAUCCCGUAUCAGUGACAGAAGAUGACCUAGAACCUCAACAUUACAGCUUAGAUAUUAGCAAAGAGUUAUCAAAACCUGAAAAGGUUGCAAUUCCAGAGCGUUAUAUUGAGCUAGAGCCUGAAGAACCUCUCACUCCUGAAGAAUUAGCAGCAAGGCACCGUAAGGCAGAGAAAAUAAAGAAUAUUCUUACUAAAUCAAGCAUGCACAACCUACAGCUUCCAGUUUCAGAGGACAAACAAAGUUCAACUAAUUUAGAUUCACAGUUGCAAGAACAAGAACGUAUCAUUACCAUAUCAUAUGCUCUGGCUUCUGAAGCCUCUCAACGGAGCAAGGAGGUAGCAGCUCCACAAAUGACCUACCAAUCUAAUGCACCCUCACCUUCUGUACUUCAACCACUCCCCUUAAGCAAUGGAUUUCACUACACAUUUGUCUAAAACGCCUUAAAACAAAAGCAGUAACUGAUCGCUGAUGUACGGUAUAAACCUGCAAUGACCUGAAGGACGACAACAAGAAAGAUGACAGACUUCGCUUCAUUAGCUUCCUUUCAUGCUUAAUCUUUCCUUGAGCACACUGUACAAAUAACUGCAAUGAGGGAUUUUCUACACAUGCACAAAAGAGCAAUUUAGCAGAUCUUUGUUCUGUGUUUUUAACAUAAAUAGCACUUUUAAUAUACUGUAUCAACUGCUAACAUUGGCCACAACCCUCCAUAUAGCCACCCUCUUUCAAGUCCUGUUGAUUCCCAUAGGUCUUUACAGUAUAAUAUGCGAGGAUUGUAGCCGGUGUAUUUUUAGGAAGAGAAUAUAUAGUAGAUUCUUUUUUUAAAAAAAAACCUAAGGGCUGUAUUGAUUUUUUAAAAAGUAUAUUUAAGUUCAAACACACGUUGUAAAGGCAGUUUGUUGCUUUUGUUUUUAAAAGGCAAUCUUUAAGCAAAUAGUAGCAUUUAGGUGAGAAUAACUUAAGUCGUUUUCUAGUUUUUCAGAGCUGAUAAUGCCUUGUGACCACUGAUUAACAAUCAGAUGGAAUCUUACUAAAGUAUUUAAAAUGUUGAUGUUUCUGAAAUCUCAUGUAAACACCAAAAGGCAGAAAUAAAAUUUGCAAAGUGUCUAUUGCUAUUAAUUAGUAAAUUGGCCUAGCCCAGUCCAAUAACACAAUGCAGGUCCUUUUGAGAAAUGUAUUUUUAAAGCAAAGAUUUGGGCAAUGCAAUAUUUAGGAGACGAUUCAGUCCCAACGUAAGAAUGGUGCCCAUGUGCAGAAGACUCCCUCAUGGAUUAAUAGAGUUAUGUUUUUCCUUUUUCGCUUUCUUCAAGGCACUGGCAUGUCGUUUGCCGAAAACACAGCGGGCCAUUAGUGGCUCUGAGCUUCAGUAACUUGUGUUGGGCAAAGAAAUUGGCUGGAGGCACACAUAGAUUUCGCAUUCAUUCUAAUGGCCUGUUGUGCUACUUGUGUAACUUUAGGUGCCUAGGCUAGAUCAUCGCCUUCAAAUUGAGCAAUAAAACCAUUAAAAGAAUAUGGCAUUUUAUUAAUAAAUGUCUGUGCUUUUUUCCCUUGUGUUUUCAGCAACAAAAAGUAAAAACAAUAACAUGAGCAACAACUAUAAAGUUAGGAAUUUUUGUGUCAAUUCAUUUUGUGCCCACAAUCUGGCUGACACAAUGUACUUUCUUGAGCCUGUAGCAAAAGGCUGACCAUUAACAAGAUAAUAAAAAAAGAGCUAAAUGAAUUGCUGAUAUUUUUUUUACUUGAAAAACUGUAUGAAUGUGUUUGAACUGUGUAGGUUGCAAGUCUCCUAGUAUUAUGUUGUCAAUGGGUUAUGUUCAGCAAAAAGUAAAUUCUAAAUUCUUUGCAUUGUGAAAUUUAACUAACUUUUUGCAGCAUAUGACUGUAGUAUGCUGCUUUUAUACAUAAUAUUUAUAAUAAUUCACUAUAAAAUACAUUUGGACUUGUGGUAGAAUUUACAAUGUGAUAGCCUUAAAAUGUCUGCACAUUAGUGUCCACAAGAAAUGCCCCAUCCUUCCAAUGACAUCCCCAUGGUGCCCACAGCGGCAGCUAUGAAAAUCCAGUAUUGAUGGGAACUCAUGGCAGUUCCGAGCAACAGCAACCCAUGAUCUAGGGAUCCUUCAAUAAAAGGGAUUGAUGGUUGUGGAUUAUCUCUGCUUUUGUCACUACACAGCAGUCCUUUCUGACUCUGGAGAAGUUGAUGCCCAGGCCCAUAGGACUAAUAAUAAUUCUACAGGACUGGGGGAGGUGUUAAGGAGAAACUCAUUCCAACCCACUAAACGAUAUGACUGUUAGUCCACCUGGGUCCACAACCUUGCAAAUAAACUUCUCCAGGAGUGAAGGAGAAAGUGGGGAAUACCUGUGAUCCUUGCACUGGACCCAACUCAAUAUGCUAGUCAAGGUUCCCAAGCACUGAAUAUUAGCUAUGUAUAAGUAGCUUUCCUGUGGAAAAGGUAACAUGUAGAUUGGCUGUUAGCUUUGAAAUGCAAAAAUCCCCAACUACAGGAUCAUCCCAAUGUUUUUCGUUUGUAAUAUCUGCGUACAGUGGGAAAUUGAGAACUUCGCCUUCUUACAGAUGAGAAUUGGGAAAGCCCUAUAUUCAUGAAGUUCCUUAUGUCCCUUACUUAUGAGUUCUUGGUGUAUAAGAGGAGUGCAGUGUAAGGAUAAAAAUUAGCUCAGGAUGUUGAUGGCAUAUUGGCUUCCCAAAGUAAGAGACAUAGAAUAAAAAGAUACCGGUCAUACUGAACAAUUUGCAUUUUUGUAUUCCUGCUUUUGAAUUUGUCUUUCUUUGUCCUGCAUGGCAAGCCACUGUUGGCUUUUGUUGUACUGCUUUGUGAGGCAUACUAUCAUUCUAUAUUUUAAAAACCCCACUGGAAGCAUUAAGCCAUUCAAUAUGUAUAAAUAAGCCCUUGGGAUGGUGGCCCAUAUAUUGGACAUUUAGUUGUUGAAAAUGAAGGGUUUUGAUUUAGUGAUUAGUCUGUAGAAAAUGCUGGCCACUAUGAAUAAUUGCCACAUUCUCCUCCCCCAGCAGUCCCUUCCAACCCCAAGAAGUUGAUUCCUGGGGUCACAGAACUAAUAACUAAUAACCAGGAACUGCCUGCAAUGGGGAAGGGAAGGAGCAAAAUUGCCUGUCUUCCUCUCGUCCAUAGAGUUGAGCUUGUAAGAGAAAGAAUCAUCUCACCUCUUUCAGUGCAGGCUGUAACCCACAUGGUUACUAGUCCAUCCAGGUCCACAAUCUCCAUGAUCAACUUUCCUGGGAUGGGAAGGGACUGCUGGGAGAGCACAACAUGAUAGAUACCAGUCCUGCAUAUGCAGUGGAUCCAACUCAAGGCUCAAGUUUCAUGCAAUUCUGCUUCAAACUCGAAUGGGAUGAUCACAUACAAAGAAUUCAGUUACCCUGGAGGAUUUGGAGUGGUUUGUUAUAUCUUAGAUACUGAAAUUAAAAAGAGAAGCCUAAGUUAAAGAAGCACAAUUUCACUUUGCAGUUUUGUACAUGCCAACUUGUGUACUUGUACCAUAUUUCACAAACUGCAGCAUUUGUAAUUUUUUCUCUCUAUGGAAAGAUAUAAGAGCAAAUGGUGUCUUUAGUGGCUGCAACUUUUUUCUCAGUCUCACAUUUGUUACCUUUUUAAUGGAUAACAAAUGAACUCUAACACAGUCCUGAUUUCCCAUUUUCUGAUUUCUAAUACAGUCCUAUUUGUUUAGGCUUAUUUUGGCAUAGCUGCUUAAAGAAGUUUUACUCUCUGAGUAAAGAAGUUUUACUCACUCACUCACUCACUCACACGCGCGCACACACGUGAACUCAUAUAUUUCCAUUUCUACCACUAAUUGUGUAAUCCUAUGCAGGAUUACUUUAAUUUAAGGUCAUGAGUUUAAAAUUCUGCAAUUCUGCACAGAAUUGCACUAUCAGGUUAUGAAAAAGAAAUUGCAAGGGAUUAAAAUUAUUAAAUAAAAGUUCUUACUCUAUUUUGAUUAUACUUGGAAGCUAUUCUUGAAAAAUAUAUUUAGAAAAUACUGUUAUUUUUUAAACUCAACUCUUUCAGGGUCAAGUCUGUAAUAUUUUGCCAAAAUCAAAUGAUUUUAUUUUUUGCCUUUAUAAAAACUUUUAAAUAAAUAUUUUGACAGGAAACACUAAUUUAAAUAAAAUGUGACAGUUUGGAAAAAUAUACCUGUGCAUAUUAAACUAUUAACAUAACACUU